AUCUAUAAAUAGACGAGUUCAUUUCAAUUGGAACUCAUCCUCCAUGGUGAAGUCUCAUUCAAAUAAACUAAAGAUGGCUCCUACAUUAGCACUUCAAUUUCUUUCUCUAGCUCUUUUCUUCUUUACGAAUGGACAAGGUAUCAGAGACAUAAAGACAGAUCUGCAAGAUCAUAAUUAUAAGACUAUCGGUGAAGUCAAACAGUCCAAUCCUAAUUAUAAGACUAUCGAUGAAGCCAAACAGUCCAGUUACAACUACAAGAUUAUCGAUGAAGUCAAACAACCCAACUACAAGAUUGCCAAUGAAGUCAAAAAACUCAAUUACAACUACAAGACCGCCGAUGAAGCCAAACAGCCCAGUUACAUCUACAAGAUCGCCGAUGAAGCCAAACAGCCCAGUUACAUCUACAAGAUCGCCGAUGAGGCCAAACAGUCCAAUUACGUCUACAACACCGUUGAUGAGGACAAACACCCCAGCUACAUAUACAAGACCGCCGAUGAAGCCAAACAACCCAGUUACAUCUACAAGACCGCCGAUGAGGCCAAACAACCCAGUUACAUCUACAAGACUUCUGAUGAGGCCAAACAACCCAGUUACACCUACAAGACCGCCGAUGAGGCCAAACAACCUAGUUACAUCUACAAGACUGCCGAUGAGGCCAAACAACCCACUUACAUCUACAAGACCGCCGAUGAGGCCAAACAACCCAGUUACAUCUACAAGACCGCUAACGAGAUAGAACAACCAAGUUACACCUACAAGACCAUCGAUGAGCCCAAACAACCCAGUUACACCUACAAGACCGCCGAUGAGGCCAAACAACCCGGUUACAUCUACAAGACCGCCGAUGAGGCCAAACAACCCAGUUACAUCUACAAGACUUCUGAUGAGGCCAAACAACCCAGUUACACCUACAAGACCGUCGAUGAGGCCAAACAACCUAGUUACAUCUACAAGACUGCCGAUGAGGCCAAACAACCCAGUUACAUCUACAAGACCGCCGAUGAGGCCAAACAACCCAGUUACAUCUACAAGACCGCUAACGAGAUAGAACAACCAAGUUACACCUACAAGACCAUCGAUGAGCCCAAAAAACCCAGUUACACCUACAAGACCGCCGAUGAGGCCAAACAACCCAGUUACAUCUACAAGACCGCCGAUAAGGCCAAACAACCCAGUUACAUCUACAAGACUUCUGAUGAGGCCAAACAACCCAGUUACACCUACAAGACCGCCGAUGAGGCCAAACAACCUAGUUACAUCUACAAGACUGCCGAUGAGGCCAAACAACCCAGUUACAUCUACAAGACCGCCGAUGAGGCCAAACAACCCAGUUACAUCUACAAGACCGCUAACGAGAUAGAACAACCAAGUUACACCUACAAGACCAUCGAUGAGCCCAAACAACCCAGUUACAUCUACAAGACCGCCGAUGAGGCCAAACAACCCAGUUACAUCUACAAGACCGCUAACGAGAUAGAACAACCAAGUUACACCUACAAGACCAUCGAUGAGCCCAAACAACCCAGUUACAUCUACAAGACCGCUGAUGAGGCCAAACAACCCAGUUACAUCUACAAGACCGCCGAUGAGGCCAAACAACCCAAUUACAUCUACAAGACCGCCAACGAGACAGAACAACCAAGUUACACCUACAACACCAUCGAUGAGGCUAAACAACCCAGUUACAUAUACAAGACUGCUGAUGAGGUCAAACAACCCAGUUACAUCUAUAAGACCACUGAUAAGACCAAACAACCCAAUUACAUCUACAAGACCACCGAUGAAACCAAACAACUCAAUUACAACUACAAGACUGUCGAUGAAACCAAACAGUCCAAUUACAACCAUAAGACUGUCGAUGAGGCCAAACAACCCAGUUACAUCUACAAGACCGUCGGUGAAGCCAAACAGUCAAAUUACUACUAUAAGACUACCGAUGAAGCCAAACAGCCUAAUUACAUCUACAAGACCGUCGAUGACGCCAAACAACCCAAUUACAUCUACAAAACCGUCGAUCAGUCCAAACAACCCAUUUACAUCUACAAGACCUCAUAUGAGGCCAAACAGCCUAGUUACAUCUACAAGACCACUGAUGAGGACAAACAACCCAGUUACAUCUAUAAGAUCACCGAUAAGGCCAAACAACCCAGUUACAUCUACAAGACCAACGAUGAGGCCAAACAUCCCAGUUACAUUUACAAGACCUAUAAGACCACCAGUGAAGCCAAACACCCCAGCUACAACUACAAGAGCAUCAACGAAGCCAAACACCCCAACUACCACUACAAGACCACCAGUGAAGCCAAACAACCCAGCUACAACUACAAGACCACCAAUGAAGCCAAACAACCCAGCUACAACUACAAGACCACCGAUGAAGCCAAACAACUCAGCUACAACUACAAGACCACCGAUGAAGCCAAACAACCCAGCUACAACUACAAGACCAUUGAUGAUGCCAAACAACCAAACUACAACUACAAGACCACCGAUGAAGUCAAACAACCCAACUACAACUACGAGACCACCGAUGAAGUCAAACAUCCCAGUUACAACUACAAGACCACCGAUGAAACCAAACACCCCAAUUACAACUACAAGACCAUCGAUGAAGUCAAGCAGCUCAAUUACAUCUACAAGACUACCGAUGAAGCCAAACAAACCAAUUAUAAUUAUAAGACUACUGAUGAAGGCAAACAACUUAAUUAUCAUUACAAGGCUAAUACCUAUGAUCCAAAAGACCCUUUUUCUUCCAACUCAAAAGAUCCUACUUCAAUUAACUUUGAUCAUGCAGAAGCUUUUAAGAUAGGAUUUUUCAAUUUGGAUGAUCUUUAUGUUGGAAAUGUGAUGACCCUCCAAUUUCAAGUCCAAGAGGUUCCUGAUUUCCUUCCAAGAGAAGAGGCUGACUCAAUUCCUCUCUCAAUUUCACAACUCCCAAAUGUUCUCCAACUCUUAUCACUCCGUGAAGAUUCUCCUCAAGCAAAAUCAAUGAGAGAAACACUUGAGCAAUGUGAAGCAGAAGCAAUAGCAGGGGAGACUAAGAUAUGCGCCAACUCUGUAGAGUCCAUGUAUGAAUUUGUUGACACAAUAAUUGGUUCAAAAACCAAACAUACUGUUCUUACUACCAAUAACCCAUCCCCCUCAGCCAUCCCUCUUCAGAAAUACACCAUUUUAAAAAUAUCACGUGACAUUGAUGCUCCUAAAUGGGUAUCUUGCCAUCCCCAAUCAUAUCCAUAUGCCAUUUACUAUUGCCACUACAUAGCUACAAGAACUAGAGUGUUCAAGGUCUCACUGGUUGGUGAUGAGAAUGGAGAUAAAAUGGAAGCUUUGGGCAUGUGCCAUUUGGAUACAUCUGAUUGGAACCCAAAUUAUAUGGUAUUCAAGAAAUUAGGAGUCAAGCCAGGAAAGAAUACACCAGUGUGUCACUUCUUUCCUAUAAAUCAUCUUUUGUGGCUUCCGUUGGAGUCUACAAAAGCCACCAUGUGAAGUGAGUUGAUCUAUCUAGUUCCACGUGUAUAAUAAAGGUUGGCUAGAGUUGCCAAUCUACAUUGUGAAUCAUGACCACUAUCCUAUUUGUGUGCUUUGUUACUUGUUUUAUGUAUAAAUAAAAUAAAUAAUGUAUGUUUGUUAAUGUUA